CGUACACUGCUAGAAUCUUAACCGGAGUUGCAACUUUGAACCAGAACAGAAUGGGAUCCUCUAAGCUGGCCCUGCUGCUGGUCUUGGUGGCCUGUGUAGAGCGAGGUCUGUCUUCCUCCUGUGUUGUUGACAGCUUCUCAGUCAAACAGGACUUUGACCCAAAAAGGUAUGCAGGGAAGUGGUACGCACUGCAGAAGAAAGAUCCAGAAGGCCUGUUCCUGCAGGACAACAUCUCAGCUGAGUACACCAUCGAUGAUGAUGGGUCCAUGACCGCCUCCUCCAAGGGACGGGUCACUCUGUUUGGCUUCUGGGUUGUGUGUGCUGACAUGGCUGCCAAGUACUCUGUCCCUGACCCUGCCACCCCUGGCAAGAUGUUCAUGAACUACCAGGGCUUGGCCAGCUACCUGUCCAGUGGAGGUGACAAUUACUGGGUGAUCGACACUGAUUAUGACAACUAUGCCAUCACCUAUGCCUGCCGCACCCUGAAGGAGGAUGGAAGCUGCGAUGACGGCUAUGCCAUCAUCUUCUCCAGGAACCCGCGUGGCCUGCCUCCUGCCAUCCAGCGCAUCGUGCAUCAGAAACAGGAGGAUAUCUGCAUGGCCGGGCAGUUUCAACCUGUACUGCAGUCUGGAGCCUGCUAGAGAGAAGUAGAGAGAUGCAGACAGAAGAGGGUGCCAGCUAGCUGUAGCCUAUAGGUGGCUUGAAAGCAAGGGCAGGGAAAAUGAAAGUGUACGUGUGAGAGAAAGUGUGUUUGUUGUAUAUGUGAGAAUGAUCAUGUAGAGUCAAUGGACAGAUGCAAAAAUAAAAACCAAAUGAGAACAAGGGGAAAAGGCUUAAAAAAAAAAAUUUGUGAAGUGAAGACAGUACAUCCAUAUCCUCCUCUAUCACUCAUAUCCAUCCACUGUUUGUCCAAGAAAAAUUU